AUGGCCAAAAGAGAGGCAAUAGAUCUUACCACGGCAGAUGGUUUGGACAAUGAACAGCGAGCACGACUUUUAGGGAUUAUCGAUCAACUGCGAGAGCUGGGAAUUAGUGAGAACAUCUCUCCCCCUCAGCUUGUUGUGGUUGGUGAUCAAUCGAGCGGAAAGUCAUCCCUUCUGGAAGGCCUGACUGGCCUUUCAUUUCCUGUAGCGAGUGAUCUCUGUACAAGGUUUGCUACGCAAAUUGUUCUGCGAAGAGCGUUCAUGGAAGAUGCAGGAGCAAGAAUUACGAUUAUCCCGGGACCAACUUCACGACAGGAUGAAGCAUUGACCCAGCGCCUUCUUGGGUUCGAAAGAAGCCUCGCAGCCUCAGAGUUUGGAUGUCAAGAAUUUGGGAAUAUUUUUGACGAGUUGUAUGGGGUUCCUGGACCCAAAACAAUCGAUUUUGAAAAGCUUGAUAAAAGGUUCUCAGGCGACAUCCUUAAGGUCGAGCUUUCGGGGCCAAACCAUCGGCACCUCAGUGUCGUGGAUGUUCCAGGCUUAUUUCAUAAUGUGACCAAAUUCCAAACGGAAGAGGACCGGGCUGUUAUCCGAAAACUGAUUAAAGACUAUAUUACGGAUGGUCGCACCAUCAUUUUGGCUGUCAUGGACGCAAGGAACAAUCUUGCCAACCAGGAAGUAUUCUCUAUGGCACGUGCCGCUGACCCAGCCGGAAAACGAACCGUCGGCAUCAUCACCAAAUGUGACGCUCUCCAGGAGGGAGAUGAAGAUGGGGUGUUGCGCAUUGCACAAAACCAAGUGGAAAAACUUACUCACGGCUGGUUUGCUGUGCGGAAUCGAUCUACGAAGGAAAUAAACGAAGGCGUAACUGUCGAGGGGCGGCACCGGAUAGAAAAAGAUUUCUUCGCCCAGGCCCAUCCCUGGAAAAGCCUCCAAAAAAACCGGGUUGGCAUCGAUGCCGUCAAGGGCUUCUUGGGUCACCUCCUCUAUGAUCAUAUCCGUUCUGAAUUCCCGGCUGUUAUCAAAGAUAUCGAAGGUCUAUCAAGCGAGACAGAAAAGGAUUUGGAGCUUUUGGGCCUUCCCCGUCAAUCUGCCUCAGACCAGAGACGGUUUUUGAUGCGCCUCGUAUGUGCGUACCAAAGCCAAGUUCACAAGGCGCAAAAUGGAAACUACGAUGAAGCUUUAGAUGCGCAGAGUCCACUCAAGCUUCGAAUGCAUGUACGGAAACUCAAUGACCAGUUCGCGCUGCUGAUGUCGCGCAAGGGCCAUGCGAAAUUAUUUCGUACGAUCCAAGGGAAGAUUGAUUCCGACUUCAAGCGACAAGAACAAGAAACCCAGAAUAUAUAUGAAUGGAUUCGGGGCUAUUAUGUUGACUCCCGAGGACCAGAACUUCCUGGUAUUGUCAACCCGGUGGUGAUCGAAAACAUGUUCCGUCAGCAAUCUAGCCCUUGGGAAGCUCUCGGGAAAAUUUAUAUCGGCGCUAUUGCAGACUUAGUCUGCGCGUUUAACACGCAUGUCUUGAAAUCAAUUGUUCCUGAUGAUGAAGUGAGAGAAAAUCUCAGAGCGCUUCUCUCGCCUCGGGAACAAGAAAACAAGCACCAAGCGCUCGACUGUCUUCAGCGGAUUCUCAAUGACGAAAGAGGAGGUGUCCUGCAGACUGUGAAUCAUUAUUAUGCGGAUACCCUUUCUUCAAUCCGUCGAGAACGAGUCCUCGCGAGACUCGAAGGUCUUGGUUUCAAUGAUGGUGUUCCUUUCGACACGGAGAAAGUUCUGAAAAGUGUCCACCUUAGCAAUGAUGAUCAGGCGGUUUACGAUAUUCAUGACAUGCUGAAGGCCUACUACAAAGUGGCCAUAAAGCGUUUCACGGAUAAUGUUGUUAUGCAAGUAACAGAAAGGCACCUAUUAGGUGAUGAUGGACCUGUGAAGGUUCUUUCACCUGACUUGGUAGGUAGCCUUACCGAGCUCCAAUUGGCGGAACUUGCGGGUGAGAGUUUCAUCACGGCAAGCAGAAGGAACGAUUUGAUAGCCAAAGCAGAGCGCUUGAGGGAGGCUCUGGAUGUUGCGAGAGUGGCAGCAAUAUGA